AUGGCGACUCCCAAUUCACAACCUCCCAGCCCUCCCACAACAGCAUGCAUCGGUCUAUCUGCUACAGCCCUUAUUGUUUUCAUCAUCUUGUUAUUCCCAGCGCUAUAUGUAGCGUAUAAACACCGAAAAGCUGGCAAGGCGUGGUUUCCCCCCUUUAUGUUCUUUUUUAUUUUUCGGAUCACUUCGGACAUUUAUUACCUCUCCCGGCGUAAUGAGCCCGAUACUCCAACCGCGUUCGCUAUGAUAGCCGCCUCGGCCUGCACCGCUACUCUAUCAGUAAGCAUUAUUGGUCUGAUAUACGAAGCUCUAAACCUCCCCCUGUUCCCGUAUAAACGCCAAAGAAACCGAAUAGUGGUCAUCGCGAUGAACGUAAUCUACAACAUUGGCACGAUCCUAGCAGCAUACGGUGGAAUGCGAGAUACAACGAUGCCGAACAACAUAAAAAACGAAGCUGCCGACCAGGCCGGAAACGUCAUCAUGUUCAUUGUGAUGCUCGGGACUCUGGUCUGGCUAUAUCCUGCCGGCAAACACAUCUACUAUGCUCGACAAGAUAUAAGCUACCGCUCUGCUGAAGUGCUGAUGAUGGCUGCCGCGCCUGCCACAGUGCUUCAGUUGAUCCGCAUGAACUACGACCUGAUUUACUCACUUACGCAAAUCCCCACGCUGCAUCCUACCACGGGCAGCUUUGCCAUCAGAUUUGUCACUUUUUCCCUGCAGUUCGCUAUAGUUGGAAUGGUAGUUGUUGCCGGCUGGCUCAGUAAAGAUGCUGCAAUUAUUCGUGCCAGAGUUCUCAAAACCGAUAGCACCUCUGAGCUAGUCUAA